AUGUCUCAAGAUUUAUCCAAGACUAUUGCUGAGUCGUUCAAACAGUUUCAGUCAGACUUUGAAAUACAAUAUGUUGACAAAUCUGCCGAGAAUGACCACGAGGUCAGCGAAGAGCCCCCCACGAAGAAGAAAACUACGAGCUUAGAAGAAGCUGUGACAAAGCUGGCUGACUCAACCGGGGCUCAAAAUAUGCCUUCUAAUGAAGGAAAAUUUGAGGUACUUAACAGCUUGAAACAAGAGCUGAAGAAAGAGGAGACGGGCCCAAGUGUAAACACAGAGCUGGCGAAUGUAGUGAAUGCCAUGCUCAAAGAAGGGCUGCCUGAAGAGAAACUUCAGGAAAAGUUGAACAAGUAUCACAGACUAGAGAACUGUGAAUUCUUGACAAAAGUACGAGUCAAUCAACCAGUAUGGGACCACCUUACUCCAACAGUCCGGUCCCAAGAUGUUAGACUGCAAAAGGUGCAGACAUCCAUCUUCAAAGGAAUGUGCGCGUUGACAAAUAUGAUCGACAAACUCCUUGAGCACUUGUCUUCACUCCCAGCGGGAAACGACCUUCUUCAAAAGUCAACAAAUGCACUUACAUUGUUCGCUAAUGCAAACAGUGAACUCAAUCAAAGACGAAGGGAAUUUAUUAAACCGGAUUUACACGAGGAAUAUAAACAUCUUUGCUCCUCGUCGGUUCCGAUCACUGACCAAUUGUUCGGCAAUGAUCUCCCGAAACAAGUGAAAGAAUUGACCGAGGUCAAUCGAGUGGGAAAGAAAGUCUCCACACACAGUGGUCGAUCAACGAACAAGCCUGAUUAUCACAGGCACAACUCUUACACACAUAGCCGCGGACGCUCAGGAAACCAACAUUACAGGAAGCCUUUUUUAGGCUCGUGGAAAAACGACCACAAACAUCCUCCGAACUUCAAGAGGAAGAAGGAGGGGAAGUCAAAAUGAAUCAGACUGCUAACAACGUUGAGGUAAGAAAUGUGUCAGAGCAACCUAUUAAAAUUACAGGUGGAAGACUGAAACAAUUUACCUCUCAGUGGCAAUGCAUAACCUCAGAUCCUUUCAUACAUAAUAGUCUGAAAAAUUAUAAAAUUGAGUUUGAAAAUGGAGAGCCAAUGCAGUUUAUGCCACCAAAAGAAAUAAAUUUUACAAAACCAGAGCAGGAGGUCAUUGACAAUGAAAUUGAUAAACUGCUGACCAAAGGUGUGAUUUCAGAAACCACACACAUUGUAUAUUUCUACUAUAUUCAUACGCCCUAA